CCCAUCCAGAACAGGUUCAGAGUCAACAUCCAAACCUGACUAAAGUCACGGUUCCACCUAUGGACCUGGAAAUUACUGUACGUCCGCAACCGGAGUCAUCUGAGACAGUUUUUCCCCCAACGACCCAGCGUUCAGUGCUGCAUUUUGUAAAAUAUACCCCAGAAAAGUCAUACGCAACUUUAACUGAGCAACCAGAAGAGAAUGCUACCACGAACGUCAACAUAUGUGAGCUCUGUAUCUGCAAAGAUGAGACGCUGUCGUGUACCGGUUUCAGCCCAAAGCAGAGGCUCCACAGAGUGCCUGUGCCAGAGCCCAGCACCUACAAUGGCACCUUCACCACCUUAAAUUUCGAAGGAAAUUCUAUUUCUUACAUUGAUGAAAAUAUAUGGAAGGCAUACCGUUGGGCUGAGAAACUAAUUCUCAGGGAAAAUUAUUUGACCGAAUUACAUAAGGACUCAUUUGAAGGCCUACUAUCACUCCAGUAUUUAGAUUUAUCCUGCAAUAAAAUACAAUCUAUUGAAAGACGUGCAUUUGAACCACUACCUUUUAUGCAGUUUAUAAAUCUUGGUUGCAAUUUACUCACAGAACUGAGCUUUGGAACAUUUCAGGCCUGGCAUGGAAUGCAGUUUUUACACAAGUUGUAAGUGAAAUAGAAAAUGAAUACAUGUAAAAAAAAAUAACUGUGUAAAAACACCAUACAGUUAUUGCUUCAGUGGGUGUAAUAAGCCUAGUAUGAAC